GUCAGUCGCUUGGUGGUGGUGGUGGCAGACAGUCGUGGCGGCAGUGGUGGUGGCGGCCGCGGGCACUGGCUCUGACCUGCCUCUCUCUGGCACUCUCCCUAUCCCUCUCUUCCUCUCUGUCUCUCUCCUCCUCACACAUACUCUCUCCCAGCGCCUCUCUUUUCUCUCUCUCUAGCUGCCGCACGCUACGCUCACACAUUCACUCCAGUACGGUUGUAAAUCAUACAUGUUUAGCCUUCCUGCUCCAUACAUAGUGCGUGGUAACAGUUCCCUCUCUCUGUCCUCGGCUUCCUCGUCCUCCUCCUCGUCUUUCUGCCGCAUUAACCCGACGCGGUAACUCGUGCACGCAUUAUUGCGCCCUUAAUUCAAACUGACACCCUCAUAAGCACACGGGGUACACUGGUCUUCACGCAUUACGCAUCCUCGAUUAACUCACUCACUUCUCAACUUGCUUCACACUCACACAAGCACAUACGUUUUCUGUCUGUCUGUUUCUCUUACUCUGUCUAUCUCUCUGUCUAUCUCUCUCUUACGCCGGUGCCCACGCGACAGUCCUCCUGUUGCAGCGCUCGUCACUUCUUCAGGAGAUCAAAUUCUUAGGUGUGAGAUACUCGCGGCCUGUCACGUGAGGGCCGCCCCGCCGCACCUACCUAGUACACCUGCCUCAGUGGGUGGCAGCGCGGGGGAUGGUGUCCCAGGGGAACAGCCACGCCCACGCCCGCUGAGGAGGUGAUGGCGCGCCGCCGCUGGCUGGUGGUGGGCCUGGGGAUGGUGCUGGGCGGCUACCUGGCACUCGCCGCUCUCACACACCUAGCUGCCCUCCCACAGUCUCCCAGAGGAGAGGGUGAGGGCAGCGGCUGGGAGGGGAAAUACACGCUGCCGUCCCUGGAGGAAGUGAUUCAGUCCGUGCAUGACCUCGAUGUUCAGCGCGUCCUUCGUAUGUACAGCGCCCAGCACCAACAGGUGCCGGCCUCCACACCCCCCGUGAGGGUGCUGGUCUCCUCCACGUGGCGCAGCGGCUCCACCUUGCUGGGGGAGGUUUUGGCGGCGCACCCCGGGGCGUAUUAUCACUACGAGCCACUCAUGCCCUACGGCCUCCAGCAGCUGGGGCCCACGCAGAGCAACCAGAACGAGGUGGAGGGGCUGCUGCGCGGGCUGCUGCGGUGCGAGUACCAGCUGGCGGACGACUACCUCAAAUUCGCCUUCGUCAACCACGACAUGUUCAUGCGCAACUCGCGCCUGUGGUCCAUGUGCAGCGCCAUGCCUCGCACCAAGUGUUACACACCCGACACCCUGGCGCGCCUCUGCUCUCUAUUCCCAGUGCACGUCAUGAAGGUGGUGAGGGCGCGCCUGCAGCUCCUGGCGCCCCUCCUCUCUGAUCCUCGCGUGCGCCUGGUGUGGCUGGUGCGGGACCCUCGUGCCGUCAUGAACUCUCGGACCUCAAGCGUCACCUGGUGCCAGACUCGUGCCUGCAGCGACCCGGGAUACUUGUGCUCCGACCUGACCGCGGACUUCAGCACGUACCUGGUGCUGAAGGAGACCCAUCCGGACCAGGUGAUGCUGCUCAGGUACGAGGACUUGGCUCGCAACCCGUACGAGAAGAGCCGAGAGGUGCUCACCUUCGCAGGGCUCACCUUUCAUCGCCAGGUGAAGGAAUACCUGGACGACCACCUUACCUCAGACGAGGACGAGCCCUGGAGCACCCGCCACGAUCCCAGGACGCGCGUCGCCCGCUGGAUGAAGGUCAUGGGGUUUGAGGACGUUGUGAGGACUCAGUACCACUGCCACAGCAUCAUGAAGAGCCUCGGGUACAGACUGUUCACCUCCAAGGCAGACAUGGACACCGGGAACGCCGUUGGUUUGUUAAACCUUCCAUAAAGUAGCUCCUCCUUUCCACCUGUAGACUCGAGCGAUCGCCCUCCAGUCCCUGGCGGCACGAGGCUUCCCUUUGUACCUCUGUCAUAUCGACCAACAAAGUCAGUGACACCUGUACUAAAAUGACCCUUGUCAUGCACAGUAUUAGACAAGAGAAAGUCGUGCAUGAAGACUGUGCAUGAAACAAGAAAGUUAUAUGAAUAUGAUGGCACUCGUGUAUGGGUGUCGCUGAUUCAUCAAGACUCCCUAUCAUAUCUACCAAGUGUUUCGCACCUUAGCGUAGAUUUUGCACCGUACUGUUUAUAAUGGUCAUGUGUCUGUGAUAAGAAUCCUCAUCUUGUUCUCAGUGGACAUGUAUGAGAUAUAUUUUCAUGUGUAAGAGGAAAUACAAAAAUUAUGAAAACAAUCUGAAGAAA